AUGGCCAACCUACAGACCCCGCUCCUGGCUGCCCUCGUGCUCCUUGCUCUGGCACUUCAAGCAACUGAAGCAGGUCCUUACGGAGCCAACGUGGAGGACACCAUCUGCUGCCCCGGCUACAUCCGAUACGCCCUGCCCCAGCAUGUGGUGAAGGAUUACUUCUGGGCUUCCCAUUCCUGCCGGAGGCCUGGUGUGGUCUUGCUAACCGUCAGGAACCGGGAGAUCUGUGCUAAUCCCAGAUUACCCUGGGUGAAGAAUAUGCUCCAGAAUCUGAACCAACGAAGAAGGAUCCUGCCUUCGUGACCAUGGCCAUGGCUCCUCCAGGAAGGCUCAUGGAGUCCUACCUUCCUGCCAUUACAGCUGCUC